UCACAUGCGUCCCCGCGUUGCGCUGGCUGCGCCAAGAUGAGCGUGGUCGCCCCGGUACCAUCUCACCGCCUGAGUGGGAGGGAGUGAGAGAGCGCAAGAGAGAGAGAGAGAGAGAGAGAGAGAGAGAGAGGUUUCGUGUCUUUCCUCUCUCAAACCCAAUCUUACCUUCUCCUGGAAGAGACCGCAACGAAGCCGUUUGUUUCGGCAUCGUUCUUUUUUUCCCACCCCUCCUCUUCCCGUUCUUCCUGCAUCCCUCCCGUUAUUGUCGGUCUCCCGGUUUUCAGAGGCCGGUCGUGAUUUUGUGGAAAUAAUUUUUUUGUAUAUUUUUCCCUGCUGGGUGUUGGUAGCGCGCAAUUCGUGCGCGCUUCUAAAAAUUCCGGCGAAUGGUGGAUUUGGCAAACAUGGAGACGGUGGAGAAGGAAUGCGGGGCCCUCGGUGGUCUGUUCCAGGCGAUUGUCAACGACAUGAAGUGCUCCUAUCCUGUGUGGGAGGACUUCAGCGCCAAGGCCACCAAGCUGCAUUCCCAACUCCGAACCACUGUGUUGGCUGCCGUGGCCUUCCUUGAUGCCUUUCAGAAGGUGGCAGACAUGGCUACCAACACCAGAGGGGCAACCAGAGAUAUCGGAUCAGCUCUGACCAGGAUGUGCAUGAGGCAUCGCAGCAUUGAGGCCAAACUUCGUCAGUUCACCAAUGCUUUGAUGGAGAGUCUUAUCACUCCUCUUCAGGACAAGAUUGAGGACUGGAAGAAGACAGCCAACCAGCUGGAUAAGGAUCACGCCAAAGAGUACAAGAGGUCACGUCAUGAGAUCAAGAAGAAAUCAUCUGACACCAUGAAACUGCAGAAGAAGGCUCGUAAAGAGAUGCAGGGGCGAGGGGACCUGCAGCCACAGCUCGACAGUGCCAUGCAGGAUGUGACCGACAUGUGCCUGCUGAUGGAGGAGACUGAGAAGCAGGCGGUGCGCCGUGCCCUGGUGGAGGAGAGGGGUCGCUUCUGCACCUUCAUUGGUUUCCUUCAGCCAGUUGUGAAUGGAGAGAUUGCUAUGCUGGGUGAGAUCACCCAUCUCCAGGCCAUCAUCGAUGACCUCACUGUGCUGACAACUGAUCCGCACAAACUGCCCCCUGCCAGUGAACAGGUGAUUAAGGAUCUAAAGGGGUCCGAUUACAGCUGGUCCUAUCAGACCCCUCCGUCAUCCCCAAGCAGCUCUGGCUCACGCAAGAGCAGCAUGUGCAGCAGUGUAAACAGCGCCCACAGUAGUGCCUCCCGUUCGUCAGGGGGAGGUGGUAGUGGUGGUGUUGGUGGCGGAGGCUCCUUGCCCCACUCGCCCACCUCAUCCUCCUCCUCCUCCUGUCGCUACCGCAGCAGCCUGCCACACCAGCCUCCACCACUGGGGGGCAUUGCUGCCCACCGCCUCAGCAGUGUCUCCUCACAUGAUUCGGGCUUCGUGUCCCAGGAUGCCAACAUCUACUCCAAGCCACCCUCACCUAUGCCCUCAGACUUCACUAGUCAGAAAUCAUCCAGCUCAGCAUCAUCAGAGGCCUCGGAAACAUGCCAGUCAGUCAGUGAAUGCAGCUCCCCCACCACUUUUGGCUCGUCCUUCGCUACCUUCCGCCCCGCUCUUUCUCACUCUGGCUCCACCCGGCCUCUCUCUGUCAUUCUUCCUGUUCCUGCGUCCCCACCCUAUAACCACCCCCCUGGAUCCAGCUCCUCCUCUCCCACAUCAAAGGUUCCUAUGUGGAAGGACUGGUCCAAAGCAGGUCAGUAUGAGCAGCCUGUGGCUGCAGCGGCAGUCCAGAGAAGAAAGGAACCUCUUGAUAGGCUGAGGGAGAGCGAGGCAUCACCGGGCUCCCAGGGAUAUGCUGGGCCAUCACAUCCUGAUGAUGGGCAGAGAGCCAGGAUGACACCAGCUACCAUCGCUGCCAAGCAUGGAGAGGAGGUUUCUCCAGCAGCCAGUGACCUGGCCAUGGUGCUUACCAGGGGACUCAGCAUGGAGCAGCAGAAGAGCAACAGAGACUCCCUGCAGUACUCCAGUGGAUAUAGCACAGAGACCACAACUCCAUCCUGCUCAGAGGACACAAUUCCUUCACAAGGUUCAGAUUAUGACUGCUACUCAGUGAAUGGUGAUGCCGAAGGUCCAGAUGGACAGACAGAGUUUGACAAGUCCUCCACAAUUCCUCGCCACUCUAAUAUUGCCCAGAACUACAGGCGAAUGAUCCAGACCAAGAGGCCAGCCAGCACAGCUGGCCUGCCCACUGGUGUUCUUGGUCCAGGGGCUCAUGGGAUACCAGGGCAGCCUGGUGGAGCUGGUGGAGGUGGAACAGGGACUCCAGGGACUGCCACCAUCCGCCGAACCCCCUCUACCAAACCUGGCGUGAGGCGCACGUUAUCCAGUGCGGGGCCCAUCCCCAUUCGACCACCCAUCGUGCCUGUCAAAACACCCACUGUCCCUGGAGACUCACAUUCACCUGGUGCAGGUGGAGGGCAUGCCGGUGGCGUACCUGUCCGUGUGGGCAGUGAGGAAUGUGUGUUCUUCACUGGAGCUGAGGAUUCACAGGGAGCGCUUGAUUAUGUGAAGGCAUCACCAAAGCGCCUCAGCCUGCCUAACACCGCCUGGGGAUCAGGGGCUGCGUUAGAGGUCUACGCUCAGCAGCAUGGGGGCCUUGCAAUAGGAACAGGCUCAGGCGCUGGAUCAGAGGAAGAUCAGAUGAUCGCAGCCAAUCGGCACAGCCUAGUGGAGAAGAUUGGCGAGUUGGUAGCUAGUGCACAUGCCCUUGGUGAGGGCCAGUUUCCCUUCCCUGCCCUCCCUGAUGACCCAGCCCCACCACCAACUGGCCCCACUGACACUCAGACAGGGACCGAAGGGGCAGAAGGGUCUGGUGACAUGCUGACCACCAUCAGGAGAGGAGUCCGUCUUCGCAAAACCGUCUCCAAUGACCGCUCAGCUCCCCGUAUAUUGUGAUCGGAGGAACAGCAGAAAGAGGAUGAUGCUUGUCAACCGAGAGGGAGUCAGGUGUUGGUGUGAUGCAACCCAACCACCUAGUACAUACACAAAAACUUAACCAUGUAGGGAAAGCUAUAAUAUAACAGAAGACGAAUGAAAACAGAAACAUACACAAAAAAGUUAAAGACACCAUUAGAGUAAUGAUAUAUAAUAUAAUGAUAAUAAUAACAAUAAUAAUGUUAACCCAUGCUGACCGUUAAAAGUUAAAUGCUGAAUAUUGACAGGCUCCUAGCAGGCCACUAUAACUAGUGUGUGUUGGACGCAUGUUUGUCUUCUAUACACCUUCACCCAGGGAAGGAAAGACUCGCAGGACAAAAAAAAACAGGUGUGAUUUUUUUAAAAAGAGGCAAAGAAAGAGAGAAACACUGGGUUCUGUUCUGUUUUGCCAACUUACACCUUUCCCUAUCCUCUUCUCCAACUAACCCGACUGUCUGAUCCCAGAUGAAAGACUGUUGACUGAACGAGGGGCUGGUGUGGACGAGAGAGAGAGGGGACUCAGAGUGCCAUGUGAGCAGCUGGAUUUGAACCCAAGCUGUCUCAGCAGCAACACACUGUACUUAUUAGCCCAUUGAACUGAAGCUUUGGUAUUAGUACGGGGAGCUAACAAGCCAGAGGGCCUCUCUGGUUCAUCCUAAUGUAAAAGAAUCUUGAAAAAAAGGAAAUAUCCACUGUUGGCAUUGAACCGUGCUAGUUCCCCCUUCCCCCCUCUCUCGCUCUCUGCGUAGUGAAUGAGUGCAUUCAUGGGUGUGCAUGUGGGCAAAUGUAAAACGUGAGUGUGUGUCUACGUGUGACUAAUUGUGUGUGUGUGUGCGAGGAGGGUGGGUAGAGCUCUGCUGCAGGACAGCUGGUUACCCAAUGAGGGCAGGGCUUUUUCUCCUGUGUGUUGUGCGUGUAUUUUCUUGUUUAUAUUGUGACGUCAUUUACCUUGUUACCGCUGUACGAGAAGUUACGAGACGUACUCCAGGCGUAUAGAUAUAUUCAUAUAUAUUUUCUAGAACCAGAGAGAAAAUGUUAAAUCAGAAAUGGAGCAAUAAAUGUGUUUUAUUUUCUUGUUUCGAAGAAGCGGCUCGAUGGAGGAUUGUAGAUUCUCCUUUGUCACAUUCAGGCAAUCAUCAGGAAUGCUAAAUUACACAUCAACUGUGAAUUCAUGCCUAGCCGGUUUUGGCGUGUGUCUCUCUCUGUCCCUGUCUUUUUCUGGUGAAUGAAAUGGAUUACAAAAGUCUGGGGGGAAAAAAGGAAAACUGUAAGCACUUUGAUAGGGGAUAGAUAAUAUGUACAAUAGCCAGUAGGUGUUGUUGUAGUCAUAGUGUAUGACAGGGAGUGAGAAAGUGAGCGAGAUGGUAUCCAGGGGGAAUUAUUUAAUUUGUGAAAGAAGAAGCAGAAGAAGACAGGGAGGGACAAAGAGCAAGUGAGAAAGACUGGUUGAUUUGGGAGAUUGGUUGAAUGAGAUGGGAUAAGAAAGUGUGAGGGCCAUACAAGCUAUUGCUUGUUGUGGAUCGUGAAGAGCACUGAAGUUUUUAAUGCUGUGGCUGCAUUGGCAUUUAAAGGACUGGUCACAUAAUGAAAAAAAAAAAAACACAGUAUAGACAGGUCAGACAACGUCUGAAUAAAGCAAAUCCAUAUUUUCCUGUCAGUUUUAUUUUUCUGUCACUGAGACUUCUGCCUCAUAGCAUCAGAGGGGAAUGUAGGUUUGAUUGAGUUUCUACUGUGGAGACAGACCUUUAAAAAAAACCUAAUAAAAACAGCUUUUCAGAAUAAAACUUUUUCCACUGUGAGUGGAACAGUUGGAAUUCGGUUUUCCUGUAUUAUGUUAUUGUAGAGAGGCGAAAAUGUCAAAAAUUGAGCCAAUCCAAUCAAAACUAUAAACGCACCUGUGGUCAAGAACAAAAUCUAACACCUUUACUUGGAUAUUUACCACUUAAUACUUAACCAGUAUCAACAAUUGAGGCUGUUUAGAUACUGUAUUUUUCACUGUCCAAAUCUUCAAUGACAGUUGCUUAUCUAAAAAAUAUCGUCUCACCUGUAAAUAUUGUGUCUUUUUUUACAUUGUGGCCACACAAAGUUAAGCCUUGAACAAAGCUGAACAAUACUCUUUUGCCUUAGAUUUACUCUGUAUGUUGUCCUUUCUAAAUAAAACAAGAUUUUAAUCAAACAGUAUAGCACACAUAGCACAGAUGUAAUAAAACACUCGGAGAGACCAUGUCCAGCUUGUAGCUGACAAUUUUUGACAUUAGUUCUUAGUUCUUUAUUUUGGUAGAGAGUGAGGGAUUAUUGUUUGAAACUCAACAAUAGCAUUAAAAUUGCUAUUCAACAAUUUGGAGGUCAACGUGUUUGUAGCCUUGACAGUUUGAGAGACUUGAAAUCAUUUUCAACUCUUCAAAUAAGAGACAGGAUGAGUUUGCCAAGUGCAGGGGGAGUAAAUUUGUCAAAGUGGUUAUUAUGCAUCAAAGUUUUCUUAGCUGCCAGCAAGUUCCUGAAAGUUUUGCCAUUGCCCAAGUCUUCGAUUGAAAGUUGGACUUCUGCACAGGGUGUAAGGUGAGACUGCCUUUGAAGCUAUUGAAAGCCACCAUUCUCAAAUCCAGUACAAGUACUGGAGGACUGUAACAAGUAAUGUAAUCUAACCUAAAUUUUUCAGAUUCUUUGGCCAGCGGGUUUUAGAUUAGCUCAAUCACAUGCAACAUAAUUAUUUAGCCCCACAUUUAUUCAGUCACCUAAAAUGAAUGUAUUCCCAGCAGUGAGACACAACGCUGGUGUCUAAACACAAAAAGGCCGCCCCAGCACAGUUAAGCUCAGUUCAUCGAAAAUGACCCAGUUCAGCUCAGGAUAUGGCUGUAUGAAAGAAACUUUUAUGAACAUUAAGAUGCAAGAAAUGGUGAAGCUCGCUGAUGACAAAGACGUGGGAAUAUUUAACUUUGCAAGUUGACAUAGAGAGGAAAAGAUGUGUGAAAUGAGCAUUUCACUGCCUGUUCAUACAAUAUGUACUGUAUGUGCUGUAAUUGUAAAAGAGAAUCAGGCGCACAGAUUUGGUAUAAAGGUUUGUUAGAAAAUAUUACAUGUAAUAUUUAGUUGUUUUUUUUUCUUCUACAGUACUGUUUGAAUGUUUUGUCUUAACUUUAAUUAAUGUAAAAAAAGAAAAAAAAGAAAAAACUCCAGUUGUAACACAAACUACUAAGCUGUGUAACAUACGGAUGUAGGACGUGUGGGCCAGAGUGAGUGUGUCCUUGUUUGGCUGUUGAUCUUUAGGCUAGUGAACUCUUCAUCAACAUGUCUGUAUGCUCUUUUAGCAGUGGCCUGAACAUAGCCUGUGACAUCCACUCUCCUAUAUACUCUUUUUGUCAACGUAUUGAUUUUUUUGCCUCGAAUAGAAAAUUGUUCCAGGCACAUUUGUGGCUUCUUUAGAAUGAUUUAAUAUAAAGAGUUGGAGAAGAGAUUUUUUUUUUAACAUUGGCACCUUCUGCAAGCAAACAAUUUUUUUGUUGAAGUUUGCAACAGUGCAUCAAUUAGGGGAUGUUUUAAUGUUCUGUCAACAGGAAACUGUGCAUUUGUUGUUACAUGUGGAUGCUGUGUGAUGAAUCUGUCUCUGAAUCUUCGAAGCUGAAAGGGGGAAAAACAUGUUUUGAGUGAGAAAAGUGAAAAAGAGUUUUUCCUAAACCACCUGUCAAGGUCACCAUGUGCAUGAAUCUGUAUACCUAUACUGAAUGUAUGACAUGGUGAAGGAUGGCAUCCAACUGUGUCUGAUUUGCUUAAACUAUUGCAAUGUCAGAACAUUGUUCUUGUACAACUGGGUGACAUUUCCUCUUUAAACAACAGGAAAGCAAUACAGGGGUACUGCAUUUAUGUGUAUUCACAAUCAUGAUCCACUGUGGGUAUGAUAAAGGAGAAUACCAUUGUUUUGUAUACUAGGAUACUUGCGUUGUCCAUCUUAAAGUUAUUCGACACUACAUAGCUCUAAUGGUGUUCAGAUAUCAGAAUAAAUAAUGCACACUGGAGAAGAAAAUAGAACAAAAUAUCAUCCUCAUCAUCGUCAUUGAAAAUCACCGCGACUAAAAGCUGCUGUGAGGUGUCAUGCACUACCAAAUGGUUUAAUAAGCUGCCAAACCAAAACACUGAGCCAUUCAAAUGAUAAAACUGGGUGUUAGUGUUGGGUGGUAUGUUUAAUUUUCUAGGUGGUUACAAUGAGUCCAACAAUUGGGUACUGUAGAUAUAUUUGCAGAAUUUUGCACCAGAACCCAUUUCUCCUAACUCCAAAAUGGACAUGGGAACCAAGACUUCCAUAUUAAGAUUUAUUUAUAGUCAGUAUAUUUGUCUAAUCACCCAACACUGCUAGAUAAAAGUAAUAAAACAUAAGGUAUUAGGAAGAAUAGGAAAACUUUGGGAUCCUGAAACUCAGUAUGCAGCAUGAAGUUACUGUAGGUGUUAACCUAAUUAAGCUAUGCAAGGCUUGGUCACUCAGUAGGAAAAUUUACAAUUUCAUUAGUAUUAUUAAUUCAGCUAUCUCAAGGCACUUUAUAUUACAUGCUAUAUAUAAUGUAAAGAUUCUAUUAUAGAAAAAAAAAACUAGCAAUCCAAAGAUCCCUUACGAGGAGGCACUUGGCAGCAGUAGGACAUUUAAAAAACUCCCUUUUAAAAGAAGAAACCUCCAACAGAACCAGGCUCCUUUUAUUUAGCGUUUGUCAAGAUACCCCUUCCUGUAGAGUUCUAAAAGUUUCCCAGAUUUGUGAGAAGCCUAGCCAAGAUUCAAGAUUCAAGAUGGUUUAUUCUGUAAAUACCAUGUAAAAACAUGGUAUUUACAGACAUACACAGGCUGAAACGAAAUGGUGUUGUGUUGUGCAAUAAUCAGCAAACAAUAAAAAUACAGUAUAACAAUCAAGCUGCAGCUUGAUGCAACACUCACCAAACUCAGGCGUAAACAAUCACACUCAUUCAGCUAGCAGCAGUCCUCUGACAGAGAGGGAUUGAAUAUGAUCAGUGUGUGUAAAGUCCCAGAUUAAUAGAAAACCUUGCCACUGAAAAACGGUCGCCAUUGAACAAGGUCCUAGUCUAGCACCAGACUUAAUCACUUUCUAAGAAACAGAGCCCUAGAGUCAUGAAAUAUUCUAAAGUCCUGCAAAAGUUGCAUGUUGUGGCUAUGAUUGUUUUCUUCUCCAGUGGGUGUGGUUUUCUGAGUAUGAGAAGCUGACUUCAGUCUUCAUAGCUACAGAUGAGUCCCUGAGUCUGAAGAUUUAAGUGCUGCAUAUUUGUUGAAUGAAAUGAAAACUAAGGAAUACACUGCCAGUUAUCUACAGGAAGUUAUUCCUUUAAUAAAGUUUUAAUAAUGCCCUGGAAAACAAGCACUCAAAUAUUAUAAAUAACAACUUGGGACCAGACAAGUAUUCUAAAACCUCUGAGUUUUUCAAAUUGAAUGAGAUCACAGCAGCCUAAAGGCGAGACUGCACACAGUAAAAGGUUGAAUGGUUAAGAUGACUAAAAGACACAACACUGCUAUUUUCCUUUAAAAUACCCAGUUUACAGCACAAGAAAUAUCGAACUAAAAAAUGUUUUUAAAAUUCUAAAUUAACUGUGUAACUAACUGAACAAGCUGGAAUACCUGUGCUACAGUGUCAGUUUACGAGUGUAUGUGUUGUUCAGUGUGGGCCCAUCUUCAAAUGAAGUGGCUGCUGCAGAAAAAUACAAAGGCACAUAGACAUACAUGCAUGCAGGCAUGCGUGCAUAGAUAGAAACACUUGUGCACAUAUUAGAAACAGGACUAACAUAAAGAACAAUCUCCUCUUCUGUUAAUUUCAUAAUUUGGCUCAGUUGAUGAUAUUACCACAGUUUACUUUCCAUUUUAUAUUAGCUUUCUUGUUUUCUACCAAGAUUAAUGUGCGAGCUUCUUUAGUAAUGCACACAUUGAAAUAACUUGCACAGUAGUUAAAAAUACUGUGUAUACUUAAAAUACUGCACAACAAGCCCUAAAAACUAGAAAGCUAUGUACUUUUCAUUGAUUAGCAUGAGGCUGCAUAGAGUAUGUGAAGGGAAUAGUUUAACAUUUUGGAAAAUACUUAGUAGAAAGAAUAAUUCAUAGCCACCAGAUGGUAAUUUUAGUGUGGCGAGGUUUGGAAGCUGUAGGAAACCCAACCCCUCCAAACAUUCCACCUACGUGUAUAGCUGUAGUUUACUUUGUAAUACACGUUUGUGUUAAAUCUGAACAAACAUCAAUGUAAAGUAUACAAAGUAAGAGGUUAACUGGCAAGUGUAGUCCCCACAGUGAAUGGCUCACACUGACAAGAGAAGUAAGAAAGAAGCUCAUAAAUUUUCCAAAAUGUUAAGCAGUUGCUUUAACUUUUAAUGAAAACAUGAUUUUUUUUUUUUUUGAUUAUGUAACUGGAGAUGGACUGAGUUGAAAAUUCCUAAUAUCAUAAUUGUCUGAACAGCCUGGAGGUAUAUGAAAGCUACCAGUUAGCCAUGCAAAUCGUAUUUCACCAAGUGGAAAAAGCAGAAGAGAACUGAAUUUAAAUGUUCCUCUAUUCCCAGACAUUUACACCUGUGUAUCCCCGUCUUCUCUCUCUUUUUCCUAUUGCCAUUCAACUUUAAUCCACUUUCCUCGAUCAGUACACCCAGGGAUAAUGUGUGGCUGACAAAUCAGAAAACAACACUUGUCAUGAUGGGCGCCCCAUUGGCAUUACUCUGUCUCUCUGUGCCUCGCAGCCCAUCAAAGCUAAUGAAAAAUAAUUUUGAUGAAGUCUUUAUUUUCACCAUAGUCCACAGUGAAUACACACUAUGCUCAAUUUAUUAUCUUUCUGUCUUUCCCUUCACCCUCUUCCCUCCCCCCUCCUUCUGUGUCUGAUUACUGUAUGUCAGGAUGCAUGUGUGGAUCCAGUGUGUCAUAAUGGCUAAUGGAUGCUAUCAUUUUGGGACCUGGGUGUUUUGUUCAAAAUGCUGGAAUCAUUAGGUAGGUUAAACUUUUCCCUAGCGUGCACAUUAAUAUCUGCUGGUCUCAAGGCAAGCAGAUGAAUCUCUAACACUGUCUCAGUGCUAGAUUACAUUUUAAUUAAUUUUGAUCAGGCUUUUUAUGGCAUCUUCCUGACAUCAUCUCAAAGGCUGUUCAUGUUACCUGGUUUCUCAGUGAGCUUUUGUCAAAGAGACCAUGUGAGCUUUUUAAACUAACAGUACAAGGUCAGUUAGGGAGACCACCAAAAUAUCAUAUGUAAAUAAUUAAAAUAUAUUGCAGUUCAAUUGUGAAUUGAUUUCCAUUGUGGCAAGGAGUGACAAAGCAUAGGAGUAAGAAAGGGUAGAAUAUAACAAACCUGAACAACAUACAGGAAAAAGUAAAAACCCUAACUGAUCUUAGGAUCAAGCAAAACCACACCAACUACAACUGUAACACCAGUUAAGCGUGCUUUUGUAACCCAAAUUUAACUGAAGGUUGAUUUCAAGAGGAAACAGUUCUUCUCUGAUUUACUUUAAGUAGAUUAUACAUGUUAGCUAGCUGCCUAGCAAUUUGUCUUUUGCAAGCUAUCAUUAGCUGAUGUCAUCCAGACAAAAGAUGGCUUAAAGCUGGUUCAGCUUCUCCAAGCAAUUGUAACCCGAGUCCUUCGAAUAGAAAUCUGUCCACAGGUUGAGAGUCUAAUUUUUAGGGAAGAAUUGUUUACAUCAUUUAAUACAUGAAAAACAACAACAUUGACUACUUUUAACUAAGCAUUUAGUGUAGCCAAUUUCACAUGUUCUGUUUUUGAUUGGCAUGGCUCAGGAGACAACACUACUAAAUCGAUAUCUUGUACAAAAGUCAAUUUUUCUGUCAAAAUUGAAAUUGCUGCGCAAGUAAUCAGCUUUUUUCCAACUGCUGUUUGAAUUAUUUCUUCUGAAGCCUUUUCACAUCACUGUUAUAGAGACUGGAGAAGAUGCAGCAGUCAACAUCCUGUCAUUUUGCUGUUUCCUAGUGUGACGUAGUAAAAUUAAAAGCAGAGUACAACAGAAGUUCAAAUUGCUUGUUGACGACUGAUGAUGGAACUUAAGGCACAGCCAACUUCUCUCAGCUGGUAAACUUCAUGACCCGAUACAUAUCCGUUUCCCUGGUAACGGAGAUUUAUAGGCGGUUGGAAGACUUCCACUGUGAGCAUUUGCUCGCAGCAUGAAAACAAUGUUAGAAAUCUGUAUGGAAAUAACUUCACUUUAAAUAUUGUAUACUUACAGUAGAAACUUACAUAAUAUGCUACAUAAGAUUUAACAAUGUCUUCAUUUGAAAUAGCUUAAUCAAAAUGAACAUAAUGUUCUUUAUUGCUGACUGAUCCAAGUAAGGAAACCACAAUGCUGGCCAUUGAAGAACAGAUUGUUUUAUAUUUUUGAUCAGACAAAAAGAAGUUUUGAGUUGCUCUAUAUACAACCCACUCUUUUAGCCAUCUGCCCAAGUUAUAUUGAACUAUGUACUUGUGUAUGUGUGUCUGUAUGAGUGUGAUUAUGUGUGUUGUACAAGGAGAGAUGGUUAAAACCCCUACUGUUCCUCCCUUCCACCUCCCACACACAAUCUGUCAGUCUUUCCUGCUGUCUAAUACGGAAGGUAUCCACAUUAAUACACACACACACACACACGCACAUAUACACACUGGUCUGAAGCAAACAUGACUAAGGUUGAUUCUCAGAAGCCACAUGAGGGUACCUUGAAGUCCUCUAUGAGAUCCUGAUGUAACACAUUGCAACCUCUUGUCAUACAGCCAUACAGAACAGAGUGGCCGAAGUGGCCUCCCGGUGCCACUGUCACUGCAACUAAAUUGAAUGUCUUGGUGUCUAUACUCCAGUUCCAGUAGUGUCUCUUGCUCGCUUGCUCUCUUUCUCGACAGCCGACAUCUGAACUCUCAAUGAAAUCUCUACAAAAUUCACAGCUGAGGCAUUUUCUGAGGGGCUUUUUUUUCAAAUAAUAACAUUGUGAGAGAGUCAACACCUGCUUCUUCUUUCUGUACAAACCAGUCUUUUAGCUCCUCUUUUUCCUCCUGAGUAGCCCUGCAGGCACUGUGGUCUUGUCUUUCUCUCUUCUUACGCCCCCUCACUUCCGCUUUUUUUUCUUUAAUUUAUUGUGAAUUGAUUUCUAAGUUUGGUUCGCCUCCGUCGCUGAAGGUGAAGAUUUCUUUUCUGUCUUCCUUUUUGUAAGAUUGACCCUUUUUUUGUUAACUUUAGUCACUGCUAAUGUAACAAAACGCACUGUGAUGAUUCCAGUAUUAAUAAAAGUUGUACUUAAACUGUG